ACAGCGCGGGGCGGUCGCCUGGGCCGGAAGAGAGGGCGUGCAGCGCCUGAGCUGCGGCCUGCCUGCUGAGCGACCGCAGCCUACCUAGGUCUCCCUCGCACGAGUGAGUACCGGCGAUCCCCCGGUGUCUCGUCGCCGUCGGGGGCCGGGGCAAGUGCUCGCCUAGCAAGAGCAGGGACUGUCUCGGAGAGCACGGCCACGCGCCCCCCAUCCCCAGCGACCCAGCUUCCUCCUGAUCCCCCGCUCCCCGCAGCUGGCGACCUAUCCGUGGGUUCUUCCGCUGGGCGAGAAAGCUCAGCAUCUGCUGCUGAUUAGCGAUGCCGAUGCAGAUGGAUGUUGAUGGGCAACCGGGUGAAGCGCUGGAAGAGAUGGAUAACCUGGAAAGUUAUACAUCUGAGAAUGAAAUUUGCGGCAUUUGUAGAGAUAUUGUCAUCGAUAGAGGAGUUUUGGAUGGUUGCCAACACUGGUUUUGCUAUACAUGCAUAGACAACUGGUCUGCCAUCACAAAUCGCUGCCCCCUCUGCAAAAUUGAAUUUCAGAAUAUAACAUCCACUCCAGUAUAUGAUAGUACUGGUACUGGAGAUACUAUUGAAGACGAUUACCCUUUAACAAGUGGUGAUGAUGAUUGGUAUGAGCCAGGCGAAAGCAACACACUAUCUUUCCCAUCAUACUAUAUAGAUGCAGAAGCAGUAGUUUGUUUGGAUGGUGGUGAUUGCAUAAUUCGAAGUGGACUCGUGGCAGCUGAGGAUAAUUCAGCUUUAGAUACAUCAAUUGCUUGUGAUUCCUGUGAUCUAUGGUAUCAUGCUAUAUGUGUGGGCUUUAAUCCAGAAACUACAUCUGAAGAUUCGUGGUUGUGCCCAAGAUGUGUAUCUAUUGAAGCGAAAAAUGAGUCAGAGGUUGUCCUGAAGCAAAACAUCAGUGGAGAUUCUGAUAGAACAUCUACCGAUGCAUCAUUUUCUGGGAGGGUGUCAGUGUCUGUUGCAGAUGAUGGUGAAACUGCCCUUGUUGUCUCGAUGGUUGGUGUAAAUUCUGAAAGUAAGGAUGACCUACAAGAAGGUUCACUAGGCUCGAAGACAGCCCAAGAAUCAUUUUAUUGCAAUUCACAUCCAAGUUGUUCCAUAGAUGAUUUAUCACAUGAGGAUGUUGCAAAUGCCUGUAUCCUGAGGAACAAAGAUAUUUCCUGUAGCUCACACAAUAAAUCUUCUGAAACUAAUCUGACUCGCAUGGUUUCUUCUGAACCAACACAAAGAUCAUCAGAACUUUCAGCAAUGCGUGAGUCAGCAUGUAUCUUAUUUAGCGCAGAGCAUGGUAACGUUUCGAAUGAACAGUCGGAAGUGCCACAAGAUGGGCUAUCUUAUUCAUUAUUAUGUAGAAAUAAGGAGGCUGAAAGUACAGGAGAGGAUGCUGCGCUGCCUAGAAACAGUAAUGGGAAUUCUCCUGUCAUCAAAUCUGCACAACUUUCAUCAGCAGCUAGUAAGGUGGCAAGCACAGCUGACGUUGAUAUGAUCAACUCAGACGCAGUUCAGAAGAGGAAAAAUGACCAGAACACGCAGUUGCCACCCAUGCAGGAUAGACAAAAUACCAGUGACAUGGGAUCAGGAGGUGAAAUUAGUCAUCCUGCGAAGAAAGCAAAACUGGGAGUGCCGGAUCAGGAAAUGGAUCUCAUUGCAAACUCAGGUGUUUCUUCAUCAGACUGCCAUGCUACUUCGAUUGCAGCCGAAGUUAUUGCCAGUGAUACAUCAAAAAUUGCCACACAGAAUAAAUAUGUCCCUGAUAUAAUGAGUAUAGUUGAAGGAGAGAGCUACAUGAGGGAUCCUGGCAGGGAGCUGGCGAAACCUGUAGGCAGAAGAGCAGGAGAUAAGCCUGGUCUUAGAAUGAAGAAGAUUUUACACAAGGACGGAAAAGAAUCAACUGCUGCAGUUCAGAAGCUACAACAAGAGAUAAGGGAAGUAGUUAGAGAUAAUGGUAUUAGUAUACUCGAGAAGGAUAACGCUUUUGACGAAAAACUUUUGACCGCAUUCCGUUCAGCAAUUGGGAAGUCCAUGGAUGGACCAGCCAAAAAACCCAACCUUUCACUCGCAAGGAAGUCGCUGCUUCAAAAGGGCAAGAUACGUGAGAAUCUGACCAAGAAGUUGUAUGCAUCGUCCACAGGAAGGAGACGAAGUGCAUGGCACCGUGACAGGGAAGUUGACUUCUGGAAACAUCGUUGCUCCCCAGGGAUAAAUCCUGAAAAGAUUGAGACACUGCAAUCAGUACUUCAGUUACUCAAGAAAUCCUCAGAUACUGGCAUGCGCAAAGAAAGUGCUGAAGAGAAGAAAGCCUUUUUGUCCAGGUUAUAUCUGGCUGAUGCAUCAGUUGUUCCCAGAAAGGGUGAUAUAAAACCUCUCUCCGCCGUUGAAGGGUGCCCCCCAUUUGAUAAAAAUAGCCAAAUCAAAGGUGACGACAGCAAAUCAACAAACAAACCUGCACCUGUGAGUCAGACAAUCAAAAUCAAUUCGCCCAACAGCACUGGAAAAGUAUUUAGUUCUUCGACCCUGAGUAAAGAAGCAUUGAGUAGAAGAGAAAACAAAAAUGGUCAGGCACCACAGAAUAAACAAAACCCAUCUGCUGGUGAUAUCAAGCAGGACAAAAGAAAAUGGGCCCUUGAGAUCCUGGCAAGGAAAAAUGCCAGCUCUAUUGCUAGCAAAGAUCAAACAGAAGGCACGGACGAUCUCAGCAGGAACUACCCUUUAUUAGCAAAACUUCCUGUGGAUAUGAGGCCACAGCUCACAACUGGACGUCAUAAUAAAGUUCCUAUGUCAGUUAGACAGGCACAACUUCACCGCAUCGCCGAGUAUUAUCUGCAGAGUGCAAAUUUGGAUGUUAUUCGCAGAUGUGCAGAUACUGAAUUGGCUAUUGCUGAUGCUGUCAAUGUAGAAAAUGAUAUUUACGGGAAGUCCAGUAGCAAAUCAGUUUACGUGAAUCUUUGCUCCCAGGCUACUCGCCAGUCUGCCAAGCCAAAACCUGAGAAUGAUGCUUCAACUCUAACUGAAAAGGCUGAAGUUAGCAGCGAUUUGAUAUCACAGCAGGUUACAACUGAAAAUACCAAUAGUGGUAGCAGUAAUGUGGAAGAAGCUUUAGACACAGCAGGCCUUCUGGAUAUUCCUGCUACUGCCGGACAAACUGAUAAGAGUGAACUAGGUGGUGUGCUCGAGCAGAAUGCGAGUGAAAAUACUGUUUGUUUCAACAGCGUGGAAGAAGCGCUAAAAAGAGCGGGCCUCUUUGAUUCCCCUCCUAACAGUCCCGAGAGAAAAAGUACCACAGCUGAAGGUAAUUCCAGGACAGUUUCCGGUUCUCCAAUUUCCACGCAACAAAAAUAUACAAAUACAGACGAUACUUACUUGGUAAAUUUGGACUCUGAACCGAGCGGAAGUUUGCAGUCAAGUUCUGAUUCUAGGGUUAAGGAUGCAUCCUCACUUAAAGAUGAGGAUGAUUCAUCCUGUCAGCAACCAAAAUGUAGUUCUGAGGAUGAUCAGAAAUUGAUACCCAGCGGAGAAACUACAGAUGCAACAGCAAAUGAAACCCUUUCAGUGAACUUGGCCGAAGCCGAUAAAUGUAGUUUGCAAUGCGAAAAAACAAGUCAAACAGACAAGGAAACUGUAGCUGACAUCCCUGAUGAAGGUACCGGGCAUGUGGAGAACUCAAAAGAAAUGGACAUAACAGUUAGCGAUUUGCAUAAUAAAUCUUGUCAUGGGAAUAAUGUGCCGAAAGAAGGUGAAGGAAUCAGCCAAGCAGUGAAACUGGAGCCCGGUAAAGAGAAGUCUUCCAGUGGGAAUCAAGAGUUGAAUCGGAAACAUUCCAAAGGAGACAAGUUAUCCACCCAUCCAGCAGAAAGUGUAGACAGUUUGAAGAAACCAGCUGACCCAGGCAAUAACAGCGCAUCAGAUUCAUCUAGUUCUGUACAUAAGAAGGUUGAAAUGUUUGUGAAAGAGAACAUCAGGCCACUUUGCAAGAGCGGCGUAAUCACCGUCGAGCAAUACAGGUGGGCUGUCGCCAAAACAGCAGAAAAAGUUAUGAAGCACCACUCGGAGGCUAAGAAUGCCAACUUCCUGAUCAAGGAGGGUGACAAGGUGAAAAAGCUUGCUCUGCAGUAUGUUGAAGCGGCCCAGCAAAAGAUCAGUUGACUCGGGCCAAAAUCUGGCUAUCACUGGAAUGUCGUCGUGUCAUGGUUGUGCGAUUACAUAGCAAUUCGCAAACUCUACACGGUCAGGUUGACUGGCCAUUUCAGGCAGACCCUCAAAAGAGCUUUAAUUCUUAUAACUUUGGUCGUGGAUCGGGUUUUUGCAAAGUAGACCGAAUUUUAUCAUCGGGAGUUUAUGUACAGGGACGUGCUUUUGUUACGUUCAUUCAAGCUGUCGACCGAGGGAA